GAUGCCAAAGAGAUUAAAUGUGCCAUAUUUUGGAGUUGCUAUGUCAAAGAAAUUUGAAUAUAGUUAUUAUGAAAUCUUAGGUUUAACAAAUGAUGCUACAAAAAAGCAAGUAAAAGAUGCCUAUGUCAAAUUAUCUAAGCAAGUUCACCCUGACGUCAAUCGAUCGGAUCCUAAAAGUCAUGAUAAAUUCGUAGAGGUUCAAGAGGCAUAUAGGAUUCUUAGUAGUCCAACAGAAAGGCAGCAAUAUGACGCUUCGCUGGCUACGCGAGGAAUGCAUAAUCGUCCUAUCCACGCCACGGAAUAUCAUCAAAGUAGACCUUAUACUCAACAAGGAGAAAACAAUGAUAUCUAUAACGAAGAAAUGCAAUGGUAUGCUAGAAGUCAACAGAAGUUCUACUAUGGAUCUAGAAAGAGGUCAAAGCCAAUGGUAGUCAUAUUUGGUUUGGGCUUAAUAGCAUUGGGAAUGGCCUUGCAUACAGGUGCAUAUACAUGGUCAUGUAAACAUAGGAAGGAAAUUAUGGAUGAAAGAGAUAAAAUAAAUUUCGCCCACCUAAAUCGAUCGAGGGAGCAAGCAAGGACUCUAGGGAAUACUAUUCAAUUGGAACUCAUACAACAGCGCUGGAAAGAAGACAAAUAG